AUGAAGUUCUCGAGCGCAAUCGCAAUUCUGGGCUUCGGCGUUGCCGCAGCUCAGACUGAUCGUCGCCAUCGCUCAGAGUUACUUCCGCGCGCUGAGGUCGAGAAGCUUGGCGUUGUAUGGCGUGGCAAUGCCACGACCCAUCAAAGCUCUCACGAUCUGCUGGAGGCAACGGAGUUCCCCUCGGAUUUCAGCUGGUGCAACAAGGAUGGCAAAAGCUACUGCACCAUGUCUCGGAAUCAGCAUAUCCCUCAGUACUGCGGAUCCUGCUGGGCCCACGGCGCCAUCUCCGCCCUCGGUGACCGCAUCAAGAUCGCGCGCAAAGCCCAAGGAAUCGACAUCAACCUUGCAGUUCAGCACCUGCUGAACUGCGGGGGUGUGGGCACAUGCAAGGGCGGCAGUGUCGACGGUCCGUACCAAUGGCUCAUGGAGAUUUCCAAGAAGGGCACCGGGAUCAGCUACGAGACCGCCAAUCCUUACGUUGCCUGCACUUCGGACUCCGAUGAGGGCUUCUGCAAGUACGUCGACACCUCCUGCAAGGCAGCGAACGUGGCCAGGACCUGUGGAAGCUUCUCGCAGGAGGGUGGGCCUUGCACCGGCCUUGGUGAAUUCCCCAAUGCGACAAUUUCGGACUACGGCUCCAUCUCUGGCGCUGAGGCCAUGAUGAAGGAGAUCUUCCAUCGUGGUCCGAUUUCAUGCGGGGUGGACGCCAACCCCCUGCUCAACUACGAGUCUGGCAUCAUUAAGACGCAGGGCGAGGGCGUCGAUCAUGUCGUGUCAGUGGUUGGCUGGGGAACUGAUCCGAAGGACGGCUUCUUUUGGGUCGUAAGGAACUCGUGGGGCGAGUACUGGGGGGAGAUGGGGUACUUCCGGGUGGCGAAGGGCGCGCUGCUCUUGGAGGACCAGUGCUCUUGGGCGGUGCCUGCUGCCUUCACGGCUGCGGAGAAGAAGAACCAGGUGCAUUGCCACGAGGGCGGCGACAAUUGCAAGGCGAAGGAUGCCGAGCAGAUCGUCGCCUGCAAGGAUGCGACCGUUUUCUGUCUGAGACCGUGCUUGUAUCCCCGCCUUCAUGUCGGGGAGACUCCGCCCGAACUAGGACAUCUUCGGGAGCUGCUGGAGCUGAAGAGGAGCUGGCUUGAGACCCCCGUCUACCAAGCGGCUCUGAAGUGCUCCGUGCGGCCCUGCGCGGGACGCUUUCGCCAGGAGGUACUGGAGCCUUUGUCUCCCGAGCGCCGGGCUUUCGUGGAGCUGCUUCCGCCAUCGCCUCCCGAGGCAUUCGUCAGUCAUUGCUGGAGCGAGUCUUUUGAGGACUGCAUCCUGGCUUUGCAGCGCUAUGCGGUGGAACUCCGGGGAUGGCGUUCCUGGCGCGACUGCAGCUUCUGGCUGGGCCUCCUGUCGCAACCUUGCGCUCUCGCCGAGGACUUCGAUGCAGAUCUUCGCAAUCUGAACUUCGGCAUGACGGCAAGCGGACUCGUCGUGGUGGUGUUGGGAGAGGCUGGCAGCUGGCCAACGAGGCUUUGGUGCUUGUACGAGCUUCUGCAGGCCCGCGAUGCCAGCUUGCCGCUGGAGAUUUGCUCUGCUCGAGGCGUCCUGGGGCGGAGGCCGACGGCCAAAGAGUCGAGAGGAUUUGCGCGGAGGCUUUUGGCCAGCCGCCCGGACGAUGCGCGAUGUGGAAGUGAGGAGGAUGGAGAGCAGCUCCUUGCGCAUCUCUCGCCACGCGGUGGCCUUGAGGCCUUGCGGCGGCCGCUGGUUGCCUUGGCAGGACAGCUGCUUUGCCUCGGUGACACCACCCCGAUCGUGCCUGAACUGUUCGGGGAGCUCCGAUUGCGCCUCAAAGGCGGCCUGCAUCGGGGCACCUGGGCUGAAGCCAUGUCUGGCAUGACCUCGAGGAGCUGCGCUGUUGCCAGCGGAGCAGUGCAGACCGACGAGAUGGUUGCCUUCCUGCGAACCCCAGGUCGGUGUUUGCUGCUCGAGGGCCGACCGACCACCGGCAGAACUCUGUUGGCCAGGCACGUGCUGGCGAGGCUUGCAGAGGGUGACGGCGCGACGGAUUCACGUCCCUGGCUUCCCGUCCAGGCCAACUGCGCUGUGCUCGGGAGUAUGGUCCGAGCUGGCGAUGAACCGUCGGAUCUGGAUCUUCUUGGCCAGUGGCUGACAGAGGAGCAUGGCAAGUCGCUUCUGGAGGAGCUCGGUCCACACUUCGCUGGUGUGGCGCUGCUUCUGGAGGGCCUGGAGCGUGCCGGUCACUCUGCGGCUGCGCUUGCUCGCUGGGCCAACUGCUGGCUGAGCAAGCCUGGGAUGGCCAAAUCAGUCCUUCUGACCUCCCGGCCCUCCCUCCACGAGGAGGUUAUGGGACAGAGCGCCGCAGCCGAAGACUCCGGUUGCGACCUCUGGGGCUUGGCCGACGCUACUACAGCCGAGCGCGAGUGGGCCCGGGCAGCCGCAGCGAAUCUUCCGGACGGUGGCCGUUUGCUGCAGGUCCAAACGCAACGUGUUGGGGACAUGCCAUGCUUUCUUCCACUCGCGAGGCUGCCAUCAUCCCUGGCUGGCAUGGGUCUGGGUGGCGUAGACCAGCAAAGGAUGUUGGAGCAGCCUUUCUCUGCAUCCAUUUUGCUUCAUUUUUUCGACCGGCGCGACUCUUCCUGCGACCUGUCCAAGCUGAAUUGCCUCGAAAUCUACGGGUGCUUGGCGGAUGCCAUGUGGCAAAAUGCUGGCUGGAAGAGUGAUUCCGCAGACUCUGAAGGUCCGGCAAAGUCUGUUUGCGAAAAUGCCUUGCAGCAGCUGGCGCUGGACAUGUGCUCCCAUAACGCCCACAUAGUCCCUGUCAGCAACAUCAGCGACUUACUUGCGACUCCAUUCUUGUGCCGGGUCGGUGGACGACAUGCCCGUUUCGCGCAUGCGACGCUUCAAUCCUAUUUCGCGGCCCUGGAGAUCUUGCGGCGGAUGGACGUGGCCCCGCAGGUCCUUGGACAGUCGCAAUGGCCGCAGGUGACGCUCUUCCUGAAGCGGGGCCUUGAGGCUGCCAUCGCAGCAGCUUGCAGGCUGCCGAAUCUUCUCGGCAAGGAGGGUGUGGAGCGGCUGCAGCAGUGCAUGCGCGUGGCUUUGGCCGUGGGUGCCGAUGUCAGCAGCAUCGCCGAGAGCUUGACCCAAGCCUGGGAACAGGUGCAUGCAGCGGCCCAGGAGUCGGAGGCCGAGGAGGCAAAGUCGUGCUUGAGGACCUGGCUGCCGACGAGCUUGGAGGCAUGCCUCAAGAGCUGCCUCUUUGCCGGCGGGCCUUUGCCCCUGCAGGGCCUGCUGUGCUCCACCCUGGGCCUGGUCGGUCGAGUGCUGCGUGUCGGAGGAGGCCUGCAGCUGUCGGAGCAGCUGCUCAUUGCUGCUCAGUCCAGCGUCGGGCUCGAGCACAAGAAGCAAAGCGUCCUUUCAUGGCAGCGUGCUGGCGACGUCUCUUUGGAGCCGACGCUGCAUCAGCUUGCACAUGCCACGGCUGCUGGGGUUCCAGGCCUGGUGGAGAGAAAGGAUCGCGACAAACAUGUGUUAGGAAGGCUGCAUCAAUUAAAGGGCUUUGCUUCUUCAGCUUCUGGCUGA